GAUUACUCUUUAAUUUCAGUGGGAAUGUAUUAGAGACAAACAUUUCUUGAUACUUGAUACUUUGGCAUAUGCUUGGCGUAGAGACGAAAAUUUUUUCUUAUCAAAAUACGCAAAUAAGCGCGGGUGUCAAGAAACAUCAUGGUGAUCGUAUGGAUGUUAUUGCUACUACUUGCGGUUAUUCUUCUUCCAUUUAUGAUAGCUGUUUUACUAUACCAAAGUGCUUUAAUUGUAACUGUUUACGUGAUAUACUGCAAAAUAUUACGAAAGCCAUAUGAUCUCCUUACUACGACAAAUAAUGUUGCAUCCAGAGCGCAUAGAUACACAUGGUACCUGCAUGGUCGGAUAUGGAACGGCUAUGAAGUGCAAGGAUUAGAAAACAUACCCGAUUCUGGACCUGCUUUACUCAUUUUUUAUCACGGAGCAUUGCCUAUAGACAUCUACUAUUUACUGGUGACCGUUUUUUUUCACAAAGACAGGAUACUACAUGUGGUUGCGGAUUACUUCCUUUUUAAGGUACCAGGCCUGAAGACUUUACUGGAUUGCAUGGGUGUAAUAGCGGGAUCACAGGAAACAUGCACAAAAACUCUCAAAGACGGAAACUUGUUGGCAAUAUUCCCCGGAGGUGUUUACGAAUCCCAAUUUAGCCAUGAGUACAAUUUACUAUGGAAAAAUCGAGUGGGUUUCGCGAAGGUUGCCAUUAAUGCCAAAGUGCCAAUCAUUCCGGUGUUCACCGAAAAUGUGCGUGAAGCGUAUAGGACACUACGUACAGGAAGAUCAUUUUUUGAAAAGAUCUACAACGCAACUAAAUUUCCGUUCACCCCGAUCUACGGUGGGUUUCCGGUAAAAUUAAUCACUCAUAUUGGUAAGCCAAUACCGUACGACCCGGAAUUAUCUCCAGAGCAGCUCAAAAUGAAGGUGGCAAACGCCAUUGAAGAGUUAAUUGCAAAACAUCAGCGAACACCUCCAAGCAUUUUGCGAGCAGUGAUUGAUAGAAUUCCGGCAUUUAGAGUCAAACACAAAGAUCAUAAACAGUAGUGGUAGGAACCAUGGUUAAAAGAUUAAAGGUGGUGCUAUACCUGUACUUCCCACCACUUUUUCUUUACAGUAUUAUAAGGAUUACGUAAUUGACAGUUGCACCUAAUUAUUUUUUAAUAGAAU